AAUUAUUAUAAUGAAGUAAUUGGUGGAUGUCUUUUUUGGUCAGUUGGUUUGCAGGUCACUUGGGAGAGAUUGCAACAGCUGGGAGACAUACCUUGUGCAAGAGAUGGACACACUUUAAGUGCUGUUGGUAGUGUACUAUAUCUAUUCGGUGGUUCAAAUUAUCCUGAAUCUGAGGAGUGCUUAGAUGGAUUGUAUGCAUAUGACAUCGGAACGCUAUCAUGGGAACUGUGUCCAACUCAAGGUCGUCAACCCAAAGCAUUGGGUCACACAACAGCUGUAGUGGGAGAUACAUUGUACAUAUUUGGAGGAAUUUACCGUGGAAAUGCCACCAAUGCUCUUUAUAUGCUUAAUACAGGCAAUUUAACCUGGACACCUCUAAAGGCCUCUGGUAAUCCUCCUUCACCCAGAUGUGAUCAUGCCUGUACAGUAGCUGGUGAAAAGUUCUACAUUAUGGGAGGAAGUGGAGGAGAGAAGCUGUGGUAUAAUGAUGUGCAUGUCUUUGAUACAGUGACUCUGCGAUGGGAAGCUGUGAAUGUUCAAGGUCAUCGACCACAUGCCAGGAGCCUACACACGCUAUGUGCACACCACAGUAAGGAUAUCUACUUAUUUGGUGGAUCAAAUGAUGUAGCCAAAGUUACAACACCAUUUGAUGAUGUGUACAAGUUUAGUUUGUCAAAAUUAAAAUGGAAGAAGCUUCAGUGUUCUGGCACUGGACCUGAGAGGAGACUGGGUCAUAGUGCUGUGUUAGUUUAUGGACAGCUGGUAAUUUUCGGUGGGAUGAAUGAUCAGAAAGAUUUUAAUGACGUGUGCAUUUUACAGACACGUGCUGCCUUGAAGCACCUUCCUCCAGAAAUGACAGGAACUGACGUUUUAACGUUAUCUCAAUCCAGUUUCAGCGAUAUUUCUGGCCCUCUCUCAUCCUAUGACUUAUCAAUUCCAGUCCCUGCGCCAUACAGACCUAUUUUCCCUGCCAUUACAGAGCCGGCCAAGCCCGCUGACUUUGAAGAUGUAAAAGCUUCGUUUGUUGAAAGAAUCCAGGGUUUAUUUGAAGACAUUUCAGCAAAAUAUGCAGAACUACAGACACAAAAAGAAGCUUUGAGAAACGCCACAGAAGCAUUUCACGAGGAAAAAACAGCUCAUAUGGAGUUGUACCAGAAACAACAGCAGGAACUGGAAGAGAUGAUCGACAAACACAGAAUCGAGAACGAGGAGUGGAUAAAUGUACGAAAACAAGAACUUGAAGAAGAAAGAAAACAAGUGGAAUUAGAAAAGAGCCAGUUGCUUGAAGAUCGCGAAAAACUCCGCAAGGAAAAAGAAGAGUUCAACGAAAAAAUCCAAGCCAUCGAAAGACUUGGCGGCGGAACCAGUCAUCUGAUGAAUGGAUCAAAUUAAAUUAAAUCCGGCUUUAGUCAGCUGCAAGUCAAUUUGCAAAGACUAAAUGUUUGCCUGGAAUCAAAAACUUUCAGCGUAGAGAAUGCAUUGAUGGUAAACCAAGAUAACUUAUAAUUAUGAUAAUAUAUAGUCAAAGACUAGUAGUUAUUAAAACCCUAAAUUUUAAAAUGUAAUUUAUUGCAGAACUGUUGUUCUCUUCACAACUAGCGAUCAUUCGAGUUGCCGUGAAAUUCCUCCCUUAGCGUUAAUUCUACUUCGGAAUGUAAGCCUUUGCCUUUAUAUUGAUCAACCCCCGCCCACACUUCACGUCAUCAAAUGAACCGCCCAAUGUCGAUUUACCCGGGCGUUUCCUUGAAGAGCCUGGGACCGAGCUUUUGUAGACCUUCCCCAACUUUCUCCCUUCGGAAGAAUUUUUAGUGUAUUACCUGGGUGCAAACAAAGAGCCUCCUUAGCUUAUUGCCGGUUAACAACAGGUCUGUUAGAUUGUUUGCUCUUUAAUAAGACUAUUUAUAACUGGCGAAUGGGAGGGCGCGGAGAGCCUGGGCCCGGACUCUAUAUUUUUUCGCCAAAAAAGCCCUUCAAGUUUUGAGCCGUCAAACGAAUAAAUAUGUGUGGUUUAUGAAAGCUGA